AUGUCCCCUAAGCUAAUAUAUGAUAGUUUUGCCCAGUAUCUGGUAACGGAGAAGGGUUAUGACGAAGACUUGCUGAUUCUAGCUCCAGACAGCUUAGACUUCUGUUGCAAAGGCUUGGUGUUGGACAUUGAAGAAGGAAACUUCGUGAAACUUGCAGAAGAUGGAACAGUUUUAAGGGCAAGCCAUGGUACAAAGAGCAUGACAUUUGAAGAGAUCCUGGAAAUAUAUGGAAGGAGGGAGUGGAAGCAUUUUAAUACAGUCAGUGGAAUGGUUUCACGCACAGCCAAGUAUUAUUUGUAUGAUAAUUAUUUUGACCUGCCAGGAGCUCUCUUGUGUGCAAGGGUUGUGGACAGCUUAGAUCAGCAUGAUGGUCAGAAAAAAUAUGACUUCUGGAAGGACAUGGUGGCAGCUAUCCAACAUAAUUAUAAAAUAUCAGCUUUUAAAGAAAACUGUGGGACAUAUUUCCCAGAAGUGAAAAAUCAUCCAGACAAAUAUUUACAGAGAUGUCCAGAGUCUGUAAAAAAGUGGCUGAAACAACUGAAAAAUGCUGGGAAGAUUCUACUAUUAAUUACAAGUUCUCACAGUGACUAUUGCAGGCUCCUGUGUGAACAUGUUCUUGGGAACGAUUUCGAAGAGUAUUUUGACAUUUUAAUCACAAAUGCUUUGAAACCUGGUUUCUUCUCCCAUACACCAAACCAAAGACCUUUCCGAACUCUUGAGAAUGACGAGGAGCAGGAGGCUCUGCUGUCACUGGACAAGCCCGGCUGGUAUUCCCAAGGUAAUUCUGUCCAGCUCUUUGAUCUGCUGAAGAAGAUGACUGGCAAGCUGGAUCCCAAGGUUGUUUAUUUUGGUGACAGCAUGCACUCAGAUAUUUUCCCAGCUCGUCACUAUAGCAACUGGGAAACUGUCUUCAUCUUAGAGGAGCUUCUAGGGGACAAAGUUACAGUGCCUGCAAAGGCUGAAUCUGAGCCCUUGGAGAAGAAAGGAAAAUAUGAGGGAGAUCAGCUCAAAGCUCCUUACUUCAUAUCUAAACAGUGGGGCUCUUUCUUCAUGGACAGAGUACCAGGCCUGGAAAAUGCAGAGGAAACCUUAGUUCACACAUGGUCCUGUAAAUGUAUUAGCACUUACAGCACUAUUGCAAUCCCUAGCCUUGAAGCAAUAGCAGAUUUACCCCUGGAUUAUAGAUUUACACGAUUUUCCUCAAAUAGCUCUGCAACUGCCGGGUACUAUCCAAGCCCUCCAAGAGCACUGCUGCCAAAUGAGGAGUCAGUGACUAUGAAAUAGGUUGUUGGCUUUUUCCUUAAAUAACCCUGUGGCCCUUACUUAAACUGCUAUCAAAUGCUAAUUGGUGAAAAUGCUGUGUGAUGCUUCAUAAAAUAGAGUGAUGGAUUAAAGCAGAUUCCUGUGUAGACUUGUGUUUCACUUUUUUCUCUAGUUCAGCUGGAACAGAUAAGCAAUGCAUUCUUCUCUUUAAAUCUUCGAACCACCACUACCUUUUGCAAAGUGCUAUUGGCUAUUGUUUUUUUUCAUGCACUGCCCACAGCCUUCAAGAGAAAUGUAGUAGUACUAGCUCAUGCCAAGUUACAUUCUACAUUUUUGAGGACAUUUUAGGUACUAUCCGUAUGUAAGGUGAUGCUGUUGCUACCAUAAACCCCAGAAAAGACACAAACCAGACCCUCAGCCAUAUUUCGUGAAGACUUACCUUGUAAGUAAUAUGCAACAUUUCCAAAUUAACAUUAAGCAUUGAUUUAUUGAAAGGGAAACAUAAAGCAAAUUGGAACAAAAUUGAUAAAAACUUUCUUUAAAACAAGGUGGAUGAGGAAUGAAAAUGAAAGUGCCAUUCUCCUCCUCACAAACUUUGGGCUGAAAAUAUUUGACUUAAGAUGGUAACAGUUAGUAAUACUUGACUUUAUUUUGAAAUUUUUUAAUUAGCAUCAAUGUCUUUGGCAGCAAAUCUGACUCAUGAUAGGGAUAUGAUUUGUAUUAAGCAGAGAGAUACCUAGAUUAAAAUCUCAGAUCUCUGAUUACAUCAUCAUUAAAAUUCUAACCUGAAUCAAGUAAUCCUCUGCAAAGAAUUUCUAACUAGGUUAUGGUGCAAACCGAUAUUGUGUACCCUCACACUUUUGUGGUUCUGAAUUUAGAACUGACUUUUCUAGGUUGGGGAUUUUUUUCCUUUUUUUUUUUUUUAAGAAAACUCAUUGAGUUUUUAAAGAAAAUUAGAGUGAAAAGCGUCUAAGUAAGCCCUUGGGUCCUGGUGUCUCAGUGGAGAAACAAUAUUUUUUUUAAUGGGCAGAUGGCAGAUUCUAAGGACAGACUGAACACAAAGCUCAUCAUAAGAAUUACAUAUACCUAUCUUUGACAAAGGCUGUCACCAGCCAUUUGCACUUACUGCCAGAAGGACAUCAGAGUAGCAGAGAAACAAAAAGAUAACAGAAAGGUACUUGUAAGCAUUACGCCAUGUGCCACCAUAGUCUGUGGCUGCAGGAAGACUUGGGAAAAAUAACUGAAGUCAUUGCCCAAAAAAUAAAGUUCCUCUUGCUGAAGACUCUUCUCUUUAAAAACCUGUGAAAAUUACACAUCUUAUUACAAAGCAGAGAUUGGCAAUGGAGGAAUGAGGAGGGCAGUUGGUGCUGUGGCAACAGGAGAGCCAUUGGAAAUGGAGGUGGUGUGAAGAGCCAGGGAGAAGAAAUGCACAUGGCAGAAAAUUGGUAGAGAUCUGUCCAUAUUUAACAUGACACUCUAAAGACACCAUCUUUGCUUUUUCCUUAUUUCUCAUUUUUUUUUGUUUUAACCCCUGGAAAUCCCUGAAAUUUCUUGGCUUCUCUUAUGAGAGGCCAUUGACAGAAAGGUUGCUGAAAUGCCUGCAAAACUAUCUUGAGCAUCAGCAGGGAGAAAAAGUUGUAAAGAUUCAUUAAAAUCACUGUGUCUGGUUAGACAGCCCUGAAAACCACAGUUUUGCUUAAAACUAGAGAUGAAUACCAAGUCUCUUUUGGUGUCUGUUUUGGUAUAAAGCACAUGUGUCUGAAUUUUAAAAUAAAGAGAAUUUAUUUCUGAAAAAA